UGGUAUAGCCAAAAAUAAAAAAUAAAAAAAAUAAUAAUAACAACAGUAGGAAAAACUCUGCUGCACAAAAUCAAGAAGAAGGAAAAGAAAAUAAAAUGGCAAGCCAAGUACAGACCAAGGCAGCAUCUCAAGAAGCAGCAACUUGUCAGAAUUUUAUUACCUACACUGUUAAAAAUGGUCCUGGAAAAGUUAUCGGACUCAUCCUGACAUUUGUUCUUAGUCAUCUUCUGCACCAUAUGCUAAGGCCAUUGUCUCAACCUCGCAUAACUUCUGAUAUUGUUGUAGGGAUGCUUAUUGGCAACAUAUCAUGGGUUCGCGAUUCGUUCGACGAAAAAUUUAUAACAACACUAAAUUUCGUAGCAGAGUUUGGGAUGAUUUGUUAUAUGUUUGUAUUAGGAAUGGAAAUGGAUCCAUAUGUAAUAUUUAAAGCACCAACUCAACCUGCUAUAAUAGCCUAUGCAGGAAUGAUAUCUACAUUUAUAUUAACUUGCACUAUAACCCCAUUUCUUACCUACUUUAAAACUACAGACCUAGGCUUAACCCUUUCCCUGUCAAUCACACUUUCUGGUAGCGGUUCUCAUAUAUUAACUCGAAUCAUAACGAAUCUGAAAAUAGGAAAAUCAGAUAUAGGAAAGCUUGUAAUUGCAGCAGGAGUGCAUUCUGAUAUGAUAUCUAUGCUUGUAGUUUCUAUUGGAUAUAUUUUUCUUUCUCCAACAACAAGAGCUAGUACUGAUUUUUCUGCGCGAUUUACAAAAGCCUUAACUAUGGGUUCUGCAUUGUUACUGCAAACGAUUUUCGCUGCAAAAAUUUCGCCUAUUUUUAUGAACUGGGUAAACAAUGAAAACCCAGAAGGGAAACCUAUGAAAGGCUCACACUUGGUGCUCUCAAUUGCAUUUAUGGUCUUGGUUUGUACUGCUUCGCCAAUAUACGGAUAUAGUCCUAUUCUAAGUGCAUUCAUGGCAGGAAUUUUUUUACCAAGUGAAGGUAGAGUGUCAAAAUGGGCAGUUGGUAAAAUCAAUUAUCUAUUAACAACAAUUUUCUACCCACUUUUUUUCUUUUGGAUGGGGUAUCAUACAAAUUUUCGAAAAUUUCAACCUGGACUAUGGGGAACAUGGGCAAGAUUUUUCGUUCUUAUAGCGAUAGCACUGUUUGGAAAAAUGGUUGGAACUGUCAUCUGUGGUGCAAUGUUAGGUUACCACUGGCGCGAGUCGGCUGAGCUCGGAUUGCUCUUGACUGCUAAGGGUCAUUUCCAUAUAUUCGUGGCUAUUCUUACGAGCAUAUAUGAUAUUAUAUCUACUUCAACAAGUACAAUGAUGGUGAUAGUUGUUUUCUUCACUGUUGUAUAUACUCCAUCGAUUGUUAUGCGAAUCAUUCAAAGAGCAAGAAAACGUGCACCAACUCAUCGAAGAGCACUUCAAGGGCUCGAUCCAACAAGCGAGGUUCGAAUCUUGUUAUGUGUUCAUGGAACCCAUGAUGUACCUGCAACAAUCAACUUCCUGGAGAUUUCUCGAGGACCGGCUGAUCCUGGAAUUUUGGUUUAUAUAACUGACAUGAUUGAACUAACAGAACAAAUAGCUGCUACAUUGGUGAAGAGUGAUGGGAUGGAUACUGUUACAGUAACUGACAAGGAAGUAACAGAUAUGAGAGAUCAAAUAACACAGUCAAUCCAAGCUUAUAUUGACGAACAUGGAGAUGGUAUCAGUAUUAGAAGAAUGCUUGCUCUAUCAAGUUUUAAUACUAUGACUCAAGAUAUCUGCGGUUUAGCAGAAGACCUCAUGACCAACUUAAUCAUUUUGCCAUUUCACAAGAAUCAAAGACCAGAUGGAACUUUAGAUGGAGGUAAUCCAGGUUUCCGAUACGUAAACCGGAAGAUGCUUAGAAAUGCUCCAUGUUCAGUGGGGAUUCUCGUGGAUAGAGGUCUUGGAUUGGCAGAGAACAUAUCAACAAUGGCGAGAUCAUUCCUUGUAGCAGUCAUUUUCAUUGGCGGCAAAGAUGACAGAGAAGCACUAGCUUAUGCAGGUCGUGUUGCGAAACAUCCAGGAGUAAAGCUCACCGUUAUCAGAUUCUUGCUCGACGACAAUCCAGAUAACAACUCAAGAAGAGCUGGGUAUAGAGUAAAUGUUGCAGAGCAAGAAGCAGAGAUGAAGCUAGAUGACGAGUGUUUCGCUUAUUUCUACGAACGAUAUGUUGCAGGAGGGCCUGUAUCUUAUAUGGAGAAGCAUGUUGCCAAUUCAGCUGAGACUUACUCAACUCUGAGAUCACUGGAAGGGAAUUAUGCACUAAUCAUCGUCGGACGAGGAGGGAGAGUGAACUCAAUAUUGACAGUCGGGAUGAACGAUUGGCAGCAGUGUCCGGAAUUAGGUCCGGUUGGGGAUGUGCUUUCAGGGUCUAGUUUCUCACAGAAGACCUCUGUUUUGAUCAUUCAACAACACCAUCUUAGAGGAGAACUAGACGGUGUGGAUGAUGAGUUCUCUAUCAUGUAAAUGUCUAGUGUGAAAUAGAUCAAAACAAUUUAGGUAGGAAAGGAAAGAACCAGAAUACUUGUGUAGAAUAUAUAGUUUGUAGAAUGGACAAAUACGCAAGUCAGCAGUGAUAAGAACUGUAAUUUCUUAUUGAAUGAAAAGGAAGGAUUUUACUA